AUGCGCUUCACCCACAUCAAUUCCUUGGCCUUUGAGCCAGAUCCGCGUCCGAAUGAGCACCAUCUCAGGACCACCCCGACCCCCAUCAACAUCUGUACGGCCUCGAGGCGCAACCCCUAUCUACAAGAGGCCAGGAACGCCACCGUGGCGCAAGUAGCUGCAGGAUGGAGCUCGCGCAUCGAAGAGUUUCUCCGCACCGAGACGUGGCGGAGGAUCGAGGCCAUCUUCAAUGGUCCUCCUCAGGUCCUGCAGCGGCUCAGCCGCAUCGACAAGAUCGUGGGGUUCGGGCUCGGGAACCUGACGACGUCCGCCGUGGGGCGCGAGGGGGAGAGACCGGAGGAAGAGGGAGAAGGCUUCAGGGAAAGGCGGUCCUGCAUGCAGCACGCGCUGUUGGUCUCGCUCGCGGACCUCUUGGAGGCGCGGACGGGCAGUCGGGUGCGGCGCGUCGUGCAGGAGCCCGCGUAUCUCGACACGUGCAAGGGGGCGCUCAGCGGCCGGGGCGUUGAGGUCGUGGAGCGGGACGACGGCUUCCUGCUCGUCGACGAGCGGACGCUAGUCUUCGCUGUGAGCUGCAACGUGCCCGUGAGGCAGAUCGUGGCGGACCUGGCGCGCCCGGUGGGGAUGAUAUGGGAUCGCGUCGAGCCCGAGGAUAAAUCCCCCCCUGAAUGGGAAGAGAACGAGGACGGAGGCUUGGUAAGUCCAUAUACGACUGACUAUGCGUCGUCGAGGGUCUGCGAGAUGGUCCAGGAGUACACGGAGCACCUGCUACCAGAGGAGGACGCCGACUUCUUGGGCCAUGUAGGGGUCUACGUCCGGAAGGAAGUAAGCUGA